CCGAAUGUGCGCAGUCUCAGUGUUGGAGGGUUUUCCCUGUCUUGUGAUUGGAUCACAGAUCGCAUAAUCAUACCUGCGAUCCAACAUGGCGCUGCCCAUGGGCACAGCUCGUGUGUUCUUGAAGUUGAGUUUUUCUGAGGCCAAUUACGGCGUCUGGAUCCCAGGAUUGGUCCAAGUCAGACACAGUCGGUAUCCACGACACCAUGCGAGGGCGGUAGUGAACCUGAAAGCUUACCAAGAUGACAAGCUACCAAUCGACAUCAGCACACCAGUCAGAGCAGCCAAGUGCGAUAAAUCAUCGUCCGCUCUCUUCUACGAUCCGCUCGUAAACAAAUUUGUCAACGUUAUGAAUAAGAGAGGAAAGAAACAAACUUUCCAGAAGAUUAUGGAUCGGACAAUGGAGAAUGUUAAAAGAGAACAGAUACUGAAGUACAACAAAGCCCCUGAGGUGGAGAAGUCAAGUAUUGAGACCGACCCGCGAGUCAUCUUCUACAAGGCUAUCGAGAACUGCAAGCCUUUGAUGGGACUAGCUGUCGUCAAGAAGGGCGGCAAAAACUACCAGGUGCCUACUCCAUUAGACGCACCCAGACAGCGUUUCCUGGCUAUGAAGUGGAUCCUGGACGAAUGCAGCACCAAACCACUCAAAGUUCACAUGCCCGAAAAACUGUCCAGCGAGCUACUGGAUGCUUACAACAACACGGGUAAAGUUGUCAAGAGGAAGCAUGAUCUACACAAGCAGUGUGAAGCCAACAGAGCCUAUGCACAUUUCAGAUGGUGGUAGGGGAGUGGAUGACAUCACAUUGUAUUAUAGACGGUGUACUAUUCAUCAUGGAGAAAAGAAACUCCCUGAACAGACAAGGUGGAGUCUUUGCAUGGACUCUGUGCGCAAGUACCCCAUCAACAGUUGGAGUUGGGGGAGACCACUGAUAUCUUAAUGGGAGCGACACCUGUUUCAACUGGUGCCAUAAGCUUACUGCUCGUAGGAAGAUGCUACAAGCUUGCAAUGUGCACAAUUAAGAAAAUAUUUGUGCGUACCUCACACCAUGCCCACAUGAAACAGUGGUCUUGUGUGCACACAUGCGAUGUGUCCCUCCCAAGGAACUCUUGUAGGCAGUCCAAAGUGUCGUCCACUCUUCACGCGCCGAGUCCAUUGAAAGCCACUUGUUUUAACCGAGGUGCAUGCAACUGCCUGAAAAGAUGGUUUAAACACAGAUCCUCUACACAAGGAUAAGCGAGCUCCCCAAAUUUCUAAUUAGAGGCGUGAUGAUAUGGCACUCGUGCGUCGUGUGUGCGCGAGACUCUACGCACAACUGCAGUCUUCCAGUGAUCAAAUUCUGUCAGGACGCCAGCUGUCGGCAAUCAUGGCGCACGCAUUGUUCGUGUUCUAUGUGUUGUUCUUUGCGCGGACGCGGCAUAUCAACCCCCUAGACGAACCGUUCAAUACAUUUUGUACACAAGCUCAGAUGAGUCGUUUAUACUUGUUUAGAGGAUCUGUGGUUUAAACAAGUGUUCUGUAGAUUUCAACAGAUUCCAAUUGCACUUUUGAUAGCCCCUGAACAAAAACCGUUGUCAAAAUGGUGGCGUUCUAACGGCUUCAUCUAGUUUUGGAAAUUAUUACCUUUUACAUAUUUUUGCAUGUUUCUAGGAUCCUUAAAUCAAUGUAUCCUUUGUAAAUCUUGAAUAGGAAUAAGUUGUAAUAAAGUAAUGAUGUACAAUAAAA